GGAACAACGUACUCCUGUGUUGCAGUGUGGCGCCAUGAUCGAGUGGAGAUCAUAACGAACGACGAAGGGAACAGAAUAACACCUUCUUGUGUUGCAUUCACUGAUACUCAAAGAAUGAUUGGAGAUGCUGCUAAGAAUCAAAUUGCUUCCAACCCUACCAACACUGUCUUUGACUCAAAGAGGUUAAUUGGUAGAAAGUUCAGUGACCCUCAUGUCCAGAAUGACAUAAAACUCUGGCCAUUUCAAGUCACUAAUGUUGAUGACGUUCCAAAAAUUGUUGAGUACAAAAGUGAGAAAAAGUUAUUCGCUGCCGAAGAAAUUUCAUCCAUGAUCUUAGCAAAGAUGCGCGAAAUCGCAGAGAAAUUUCUUGGAACACAAGUAACGAAUGCAGUUAUUACGGUGCCUGCUUAUUUCAACGACUCUCAGCGGCAAGCCACCAAAGAUGCCGGCCAUAUCGCCGGCCUGAACGUAAUGAGCAUACUCAACGAGCCAAGUGCGGCAGCAAUUGCUUACGGCCUCGACACUAAAGAUCAUUUUCAUGGAAUCAGAACUGUCUUCGUCUUUGAUUUUGGCGGUGGUACUUUGGAUCUUACUCUUCUCACAAUUGACAACAAAGGGAACAUAACCGUCAAGAUCCAUGGCGGAGACACGCAUCUCGGUGGACAGGAUUUUGACGCUGCAAUGGUUGAAUUCUUUGCGAGUGAGUUUCAGAGAAAGAAAAAGAUCGAUCUCAGAGGAAACAAAAGAGCCAUAUGCAGGUUGAAGGUUGCUUGCGAGAGAGCGAAGAGGAAUCUCUCUUCAACAACUAAAGCUUCCAUUGAGCUGGAAUCUCUUCAUGAGGGAAUCGAUUUCUACACAUCAAUCACUCGCGCUAAGUUCGAGGAAAUCAACAAGAAUCUCUUUGAGAGGUGCAUGGAGCUUGUGCAUAAGUGUUUCGAGGAUAGUGACAUGGCGAAAAGCAGCGUUGAUGAGGUUGUGCUCGUUGGUGGCUCGACUAGGAUUCCGAAAUUGGAGCAGCGGUUGAAGGACUUCUUCGACGGGAAGGAUCUUUGCAAGAAGUGCAUCAAUGCGGACGAGGCGGUUGCAUAUGGUGCUGCAAUCCAUGCUUCAAAACUGAGUGGUCACAAAAAUGAAAAGAUUCAAGAUCUGACGCUCUGGGAAGUUACUCCUCUGUCCCUGGGCUUGAAAGAGCAAGGAGGUUUAAUGAAAGUUAUAAUUCCAAGGAACACGAUGAUUCCUACAAAGAAGCAAGAUCUGUUUACAACACAAUUCCACAACCAAGAAAUAGUCCAGAUUCAUAUCUACGAGGGCGAGAGGAAAAUUGCAAGCAACAACAACUUGCUGGGAAGUUUCGAUCUGGAAAUUCCUCCGGCACCGCGCGGCGUGCCGAUGAUUAAUGUGUGCUUUGAAAUAGAUUCUAACAGUAUCUUACAUGUAUCGGCGGAGGAAAGAGCAACGGGGGUGAUGAAGAAGGUGUCUGUAGUGAGCAACAAAGGAAGAUUGUCGAGAGAAGAAGUUGAGAGGAUGGUGAAAGAUGCUGAGAAGUACAAGGCUGAAGAUGAAGAGCAGAGGCAGAAGGUUGAAGCAAGGAAUGCUUUGGAGAAUCUUGCUUACAAUAUGAGGAAUUUGAUAGAAGAUGAACCCGUUGCUUCUGAGCUAUCUGCAGAAGACAAGAAAAAGAUUAACAAAGCUAUUGAUUAUACAUUGAAAUGGAUUGAUGAGAGUGAUUUUGCAACGGUGGAUGAGUUUAAGAAGGAAGAGGAAGGUCUUUUGAGUGUGUUUCGUCCAAUUAUUUUGAAGAUGAUUGAAGAUCUUGAUGCUCGUGGUAGUGAAAGUGGAAGAAAAAGCUUGAAGAAACACAAUUUUGAGGUAGUAGUCAGCGUUGUCACAGGGUUGGUUUCUGCUGUGUGUUCUGUUAUCCAAGUAAUUCAAAACAUACUUUGAAAUCGGUUAUCCUAAAAUUUUAAGUGAAAGGAUUUUAUUGUAAUUUAACCUCUUAAUCCUUGAAAUGAUAAAAGUUAAUGGUUGAGAUUA